UUUUUUUUUUUUUUUUUUUUUUUCUACUUUUUUUUUUGUUAAUACAUACUUUUUCUCUCUCCUUCUUUUUUUUAUCAUUCUUAAAAAUGUCAUUGAAUUUUAAAAAGAAACAACGAAAGGCUUCUGGUGAUGGUGCAGGCUCUCAAUUAUUUGAAGAAGAUGAGUAUGCUAAAGUCAUUGAAGGCAUUAAAAAAAUCUAUAAACAAAAAAUUAAGCCCGUGGAAGAAACGUAUAACUUUGAAGGCUUUCAUUCGGCACCUUUAACUGACUCUGAUAUUGAGGCCAAACCAAUUGUACUCCUUAUUGGUCAAUAUUCCACUGGUAAAACUACGUUUAUUCGAUACCUAUUGGAUAAGUCCUAUCCAGGUGAGCAUAUUGGUGUAGAGCCAACCACCGAUAGAUUUGUCUCUGUCAUGCACGGCACAGAAGAGCGGGUAAUUCCAGGUAACGCUGCUGCUGUAAACCAAGAAUUACCUUUCCGAGGCUUAAACAGAUUUGGUCAAGCCUUCCUCUCAAGAUUCCAAGUGUCUCAAACUAAUUCACCUGUUUUGGAAAAUAUGACGAUUAUUGACACACCAGGUAUUUUAGCUGGUGAUAAACAAUUGACUGAACGUGGCUAUGAUUUCACUCAAGUCAUUGAAUGGUUUGCCGAAAGAGCCGAUUUGAUUCUGUUAAUGUUUGAUUCUCACAAGCUCGAUAUCUCCAAUGAAUUUAAGUUGGCUAUUCAUAGCUUAAAAGGACAAGAAGAAAAGGUUCGGGUUGUCUUGAAUAAGAGUGAUAUGGUAAGUCAACAACAAUUGAUGCGUGUUUAUGGUGCCAUGAUGUGGUCUCUUGGUAAGGUAGUACAAACACCUGAAACAAUGAGAGUAUAUCUUUCGUCUUUCUGGACAGAAAAACCACCCAAUUGUUUCGAAGAUUGUCGUGAAUUGAUCGAAGCAGAAUCAAAAGAUUUAUUAAAGGAUUUGAAAGAGUUGAGAAGAAACGCUGCCAUCCGAAAGAUCAACGAAAUUGUGAAGCGUGCACGUUUAGCAAAAGUCCAUGCUUUAAUUAUCAGUCACCUUAAAAAAGAAAUGCCUGCCAUGUUUGGUAAAAAGAAGAAGCAGGACGCUUUGUUGAACAAUCUCGGCGCUGAAUUCCUCAAGAUCCAACAGCGUCAUCAUUUACCAUCUGGUGACUUUCCCAAUCCAGAGCGAUUCAAACAAAAUUUGGCUCAUUAUGAUAUGGAUAAAUUCAAGUCACUUAAGGAAGAAUUAAUCGAUCGUGUUGAUGAGGCACUUGCACACGAUCUUCCAAGAUUGAUGUCCCAAUUCCCUACGAUGAACCCUGAACUCAAUCAAAGCGAAAGAAACCCUUUUGCUGAAGCAGGUGGUAUUCCUGGACCUGGAGAAAUCCCUCCCUCUUACUGGAACUUUGAUUCUAUUGACAAAAACUCUUAUUUACCCAACUUUCAGCGCUUGGGCCCUCGCGAAGGCAAGGUGUCUGGUGCUGAUGUUAAGCCUAUUUUGAUGGAGAGUGGAUUACCCACAGAACAGUUGGCCCAAAUUUGGAGACUAGCCGAUUUUGAUAACGAUGGUUACAUGGACAUUGACGAAUUUUGUAUUGCCAUGCAUUUGAUCAAGGCAAUGCAGAACGGAGCUCAGUUACCUGAUAAAUUACCCCAUACUUUGAUGCCUAAUAGAAAGUUUUAAAGUCUC